AUGAGUGUAUCAAGCGGAGUGGAAUUGUCCCAAUUGGUCAAUCCUCCAGUGAGAUUUGAUCCUGUUACUGAGACUAUUCCCAUAAAGUAUAUCUAUGGUGAUUCAAUUCCAAAGCCAAUAGACUUGUUGGAUAAUAUAGAUUUAGAAGUUGAAUCAUGGGUCAAUGGAUUCAAUACAGUUCUUAAAACCAUAAAUGAAGAUCCAAGUGAUAGUAAUUUAGAUUUAUUAGAUCAAUUUCUUUUUAAUCAUGCGUCAUGGAAAGAUCAUUUAACUUUAAGUUGGGAUUUUCAUCAAUUUCAUGGAUUAGAAAAUAUUAAACAAAGUAUUGUUAGUCAAGUUGAAAACUUUAAAAUUACAAAUUUUACUUUAGAUAAAAAAGAAACUGAUCAUUUCAAAAAUGGUUAUAAGGUUGAUAAACUUCAAUCAAAUGAUCCAUUGAUUGAAUGUAUUCUGGUUAUAAUCAAUGCUAAUAAUGAGUUUGGGAAAGUUAUUGGUUUGUUUAGAUUAGUCUCGACUACUGCUGGUCUUAAGGCGUAUACCUUAUAUACCAGAUUAGAUGAUAUUAAAGGAUUUGAAGAAGGUAAACGAGUAUUAAGACCACAAGGAGUUAAUCAUGGUCAACAUUUGAAUAGAACUUCUUGGUUAGAUCUGAUUAAUGAUAGAUUCAAAUGGGGAGAAGAGAAACAACCAACAGUAUUGAUUGUUGGUGGUGGUCAAGGAGGUUUGAAUUUAGCUUCUCGAUUACAUGCUAUGGGAAUAUCUCAUUUAAUUGUGGAAAAGAAUCCUAAAAUCGGUGAUAAUUGGAGAAAUCGUUAUAAAUUUUUAGUACUACAUGAUCCAGUUUGGUAUGAUCAUUUGGCAUAUAUGGAUUUCCCUGAAGUUUGGCCCAUUUUCACUCCCAAAGAUAAAUUAGCAUCAUGGUUUGAAACUUAUGCUGAAUCUAUGGAAUUAAGUUAUUGGACCAAUAAAACGGUUGAACAUUCUGUUUUCGAUGAAAAGAAUAAUGUUUGGAAAGUUAAAAUAUCGGAUAAUGAUACUGGUAAAAUUGUUGAAUUAUUUCCAAGACAUUUAGUAAUGGCUACUGGACAUUCAGGUGAACCAAAUAUUCCUACUUUCAAGAAUCAAGACAAAUUCAAAGGUGAAAUUGUUCAUUCUUCAAAAUAUAAAAAUGGGAAAUUAUUUGAAGGUAAGAAUGCUUUAGUUAUUGGAUGUUGUAAUUCGGGCCAUGAUAUUUCUCAUGAUUUAUAUGAACAAGGUGCCAAAACCACCAUCUUACAGAGAUCUACAACAUGUGUUGUUUCAUCUGAAUUUGGAUUAAAGGUUACUAAUAGAGGUACUUAUGAAGAAGGUGGGCCUAGAGUUGAAUUAGCUGAUUUAUUAGCUCAUUCUGUACCUAUCAAACUUCAGAAUUUAUUACAGCAACAACAAUAUAAAACCACCAUUGAAGGAGAAAGUGAAUUAUAUGAUGCGUUAACAAAAGCAGGGUUUAAGUUGGAUGCUGGUUUUGGAGCCACUGGAUUAUUUGGAAAAUAUGUUAGAAGAGGUGGAGGAUAUUAUAUUGAUGUUGGAUGUUCUAAAUUAAUAUCUGAAGGAAAGAUUACAAUGAAACAAGGAGUUGAAAUUGAAAGUUUUAAAGAGGAUGGAGUUAUAUUUAGUGAUGGGACAGAGAUUAAUGAUUUAUCUAUUGUAGUUUUAGCCACUGGUUAUUCAAAUAUGAAAGAUUCAUCUAAAAGAUUUGUUGAAAGUGAAGUUGUGGAUAAAUUAAAGCCAGUUUGGGGAUUAGAUGAAGAAGGAGAAAUUAAAACCAUGUGGAGAGAUUCAGGACAAAAGGCAUUUUGGUUUAUGGGAGGAAAUUUAGCUCUUUCAAGAUAUUUUUCUAAAUUAUUAGCUUUAAAAAUUAUUGCUUAUGAAAAGGACCUCCUCUCUUAA